CUAGCAUAGUGUGGCACUUUCAAGAAACAAAGGAAAAAAAAAAAAGGACAAGAAAAGGCUAGGGACAAAGACAACCAUGGAGGAAAAAAGGACAGCAAUCACAAACAGGCAAGGAUUAAAGAAGAAAAUGCACCCAUUAAUUAGCAGCUUAAGCAUUGGCGGCGAUGGUGGGAUUGCCGGGCUUUUUGUGUUCGGUGGAGCCUUGGCCCUUGCGGGUUUCAUGGCAGUUGGUUCUUUUGCGAGCAAAAAACAUAAGGCAAAGGGCACCCAUGAUGAUCACCAACCUAAGCCUAAACCUAAACCCCAACAAUUGUUAUUGGAGGAACACGGGUGUAAGACUGAUCAUGAAGAAGAUCGUGACACCACCCAAAGUCUCACCUCUCUUAUUCAGCAUGGGGAUGCCGCAUGCUGUUGGGCAUCCAAUAUGAGAAUCAACCAAGUUAGUGAUUCCUCCGAGUUGCUGUCUGCUCAAUCCUUGAUUUUGGAGGAUAAAAGUGAGCUUAAACCAAGAAGUGUAGAGGAGAGCCCAACCGACUUUCACCAUCAGGAAAUUGUGUUUUCUGACUCUUCGCACCCAGAAAGCGCGGCAUCGUCGAACGAAGGUGGGGUUGCGGAAGAAUGCAUGAUGUCAUUGUUAAACAGCCCCAGUGGCCAGAAUGAAGAACCUCAAGAUGACUUAACAUCCUCAGAAACAGAAACAGAGACCGAGGACGAUGAUAUCGAUGUUGACGACGACAUGCUGUCCCAUGAUGUUUCAGAGAUUGGCGAAGAAGAUGGCUCAAAAUUAGCAGCAACAGGGACUACCUCCCCGGAGCCAAUUUGGCCUGUGGAGCUGAUAGAACAUGCAAAGCAAAAAUUGAAGGGAGAUAGCCAUGUUUGCUGCGAUUCUGAUAUGGAUGGCUCCGACUUGGAUGACGAGGCCAUCAUGACUGUGGCAAACCAAGCAACUAUGAACCAAAAUCUAAACUUCUUUAUGGUGCCAAAUAAUCAACCAUUAACCACCUGGGUUUUUCCCUUCCUGUUGCUAGCGCUGCUGUUGAGCUUAGUUCUACUCACUCGUCGCCCACAAGAAUCAUUUUAUGUCCUAGACGAGGGUACUUCAGUAGUGACGCGAAUUUAGAGGAUCAAAUGUUAAUGCUUUUUUUUUCUUUCCCUAAAUGAGUUAGGAAAUGGACAUUACUAUUCUCACGUUUACUGAACCAUAC